GUCGCCAGAGCCGUCUUGGUCCCUGCUGCGGAGCCGAGUUUCCGGGAGAUCGAGGCAGCCCACCAGGAACCGAAAAUGCCGAAGCCAAUCAAUGUCCGGGUCACCACCAUGGAUGCGGAGCUGGAGUUUGCCAUCCAGCCAAAUACCACCGGAAAGCAGCUCUUCGAUCAGGUGGUUAAGACUAUUGGCCUCCGGGAAGUGUGGUACUUUGGCCUCCAGUAUGUGGACAAUAAAGGAUUUCCUACCUGGUUGAAACUUGAUAAAAAGGUGUCUGCCCAGGAGGUCAGGAAGGAGAACCCCCUCCAAUUCAAGUUCCGGGCCAAGUUCUACCCUGAAGACGUGUCUGAGGAGCUCAUCCAGGACAUCACGCAGAAGCUGUUCUUUCUCCAGGUGAAGGAGGGCAUUCUUAGUGAUGAGAUCUACUGUCCCCCUGAGACAGCUGUGCUCCUGGGGUCCUAUGCCGUGCAGGCCAAGUUCGGAGACUACAACAAGGAGGCGCACAAGUCUGGGUACCUCAGCUCUGAGCGGCUGAUCCCACAGAGAGUCAUGGACCAGCACAAGCUCACAAGGGAUCAGUGGGAGGACCGGAUCCAGGUGUGGCACGCGGAACACCGUGGGAUGCUCAAAGAUAAUGCCAUGCUGGAGUACCUGAAGAUUGCUCAGGACCUGGAGAUGUAUGGAAUCAAUUAUUUCGAGAUCAAAAAUAAGAAAGGAACAGACCUUUGGCUUGGAGUUGAUGCCCUUGGACUAAAUAUUUAUGAGAAAGAUGAUAAGUUGACCCCAAAGAUUGGCUUUCCUUGGAGUGAAAUCAGAAACAUCUCUUUCAAUGACAAAAAGUUUGUCAUUAAGCCCAUCGACAAGAAAGCACCUGACUUUGUGUUCUAUGCUCCUCGCCUGAGGAUUAACAAGCGGAUCCUGCAGCUGUGCAUGGGGAACCAUGAGCUGUACAUGCGCCGCAGGAAGCCCGACACCAUUGAGGUGCAGCAGAUGAAGGCCCAGGCUCGGGAGGAGAAGCAUCAGAAGCAGUUGGAGCGGCAGCAGCUGGAGACAGAGAAGAAGAGGAGAGAGACUGUUGAGAGGGAGAAGGAGCAGAUGCUGAAGGAAAAGGAGGAGCUGAUGCUGCGGCUACAGGACUAUGAGGAGAAGACCAAGAAGGCCGAGAAAGAACUCUCCGACCAGAUCCAGAGAGCCCUCCAGCUGGAGGAUGAGAGGAAACGAGCCCAGGAGGAGGCUGAGCGCCUGGAGGCCGACCGCGUGGCUGCACUGCGGGCCAAGGAGGAGCUGGAGAGACAGACGGUGGAUCAGAUAAAGAGCCAGGAGCAGCUGGCUACGGAGCUUGCAGAGUAUACUGCCAAGAUUGCCCUGCUGGAGGAGGCACGGCGGCGCAAGGAGGACGAGGUGGAGGAGUGGCAGCACAGGGCCAAAGAAGCCCAGGAUGACCUGGUGAAGACCAAGGAGGAGCUGCACCUGGUGAUGACGGCCCCGCCACCCCCGCCGCCACCCAUAUACGAGCCUGUGAGUUACCACGUGCAGGACAACCUGCAGGAGGAGGGCGCAGAGCCCAUGGGCUACAGCGCCGAGCUCUCCAGCGAGGGCAUCCUGGACCACCGCAAUGAGGAGAAGCGCAUCACCGAGGCAGAGAAGAAUGAGCGCGUGCAGCGGCAGCUGCUGACACUGAGCAGCGAGUUGUCCCAGGCCAGAGACGAAAACAAGAGGACCCACAACGACAUCAUCCACAACGAGAACAUGAGGCAAGGCCGGGACAAGUACAAGACCCUGCGCCAGAUCCGGCAGGGCAACACCAAGCAGCGCAUCGAUGAGUUCGAGGCCAUGUAGAGUCCAGGGCAGUGCAUAGGGCGUCAGGAGCGGGGCUCUGCCGGAGGGCCUGGGCACACUGGCUCUUUAGUACUCUAAAUCUAGAAACCCCCUCAUCACGUUCCAGGUUCCUUUAAGAGGAGGUACCGGUGGAAGCACUCUGGGCCGGGCGCCACCCUGGUUAUUUUUCCCAGCUGUAUCAUAGUGCCAAAAAGGCCUGAUUUUUAUAAUUAUCAAAUCACUUCCUGUUGUAUCCUUGGAGCGGGACUGAUGG